AUGGAGCAACGAGCCAGUAUCCCUGUCUUACCACCAAUCGCAAACCCUCUACCUUCAUACUGGCAAAUUCCACGAUCGCCUCUUGCCAAUGUUAUCGAAUCCGAGACCGAUAACCCCACCAAACCUUACGACUAUGUCAUCAUUGGUUCUGGUAUCUCGGGUGCCAUGAUUGCUCAUAACCUUCUCGAAAAGAGACCAGGUGCACGUAUAGUGAUGCUGGAAGCACGUGAAGUUUGUUCCGGUGCGACAGGGCGUAAUGGUGGGCAUACGAAAGCGGCAAGUUAUCGGACUUAUAUGCAACACGUUAAGACCCUCGGAAAACAAGAGGCGCUCAAGAUUGCAAGACUAGAGUACGCAAACAUCGUCGAAACACAUCAACUAGCCGAAACAUUAGGCAUAGACUGCGAAAACAAGCUUUGCAACACUGUCGACCUUAUCUACGAUAAAUCCACUUUUGAGGCAGGGAAAACAGCUAUCCAGGCAUUGCGUGGUGACACUGAGGAUCAUGAGAAAGAAGUCGGUAAAGCUGCAUGGUAUCAGAUCCAUGAAGAUACAGUACAAGUCCAAAAACAAUUCUUCGUUGCACCAGAGUUCUCUAAUUCUACACUGAAAGAGCGAGAGAGGCUGGAAGGUGCUUUUGAAUACGUCGCAGGUCGCGUGCACGCAUACCGCUUCACUACAGGCGUACUAUCAAGAUGCAUCAAGAAAGGCCUGCAGCUACGCACAAACACAACAGUCGAUAGCAUACAGCCAUCGAAGGAAACCGGCACGGACAGCAUCACCCGUUGGGAUAUCAUAACCAAACAUGACACCAUCUCAACCGCACAAGUCAUCGUCGCAUCAAACGGCUACACACCCUACAUCCUCAAAGAACUCCAAGGCGCCAUAGUCCCCAUGCGCGGUCAAAUCACCGUCCAACGCCCCGGCAGCGCUACCAAACUCCCCUCUCCCCUCCCAACAACCUACUCCUUCAUCGGCUGCGACGGCUACGAAUACAUGAUCCCGCGCCCGCUCCCCUCCGGCAGCCAGCACAUCGUCAUCGGAGGCGGUCUCGCACGUCUGCCCGAUGGUGGCGCCGCCGAAUUCGGAAUCGUAGACGACGCCUCGCUGAACCCGGCUAUUUCCGCCUACCUCCGCGAAACACUAACGGGGUACCACGGCACUGAGAACUGGGGCGAGGCGACGGAGGCUGAGGCUGAGAAGCGGGUCGAGAGUGAGUGGACGGGCAUUAUGGGGGCGACGGCGGAUGGACAGCCGUUUGUAGGCGAGGUUCCUGGGAAAAAGGGUGUGUGGGUUUCGGCUGGGUUUAAUGGGCAUGGCAUGGUGCUUUGUUUGAAGUCGGCGGAGGCGUUGGUGGGGAUGAUUGAGGGGGUUGCGGUGCCAGAGUGGUUUCCGGGGAGCUUUUUGAUAUCGAAGGAGAGGGUGGAGAAGUGUCGGUUUAGAGGGAGGACGGAUUUGAUUGGUGAGGAGUGA